UGACGUUGACAUUUGAGCAAGAAUUCGCAUGUCAGUCGCAUAAAAGUUAGGUUAUGUUUUGAUAUGUUAAAGUAUUUUUUUGUGAAUAACGGCGGCAACAGUAUUUUAUGUAAGCCGAAUUGAUUGAAAUAUUCAUAAGCAAAAUGUUUAAAAUUCCAAACUGGGAAGACGACGUACCAAAGAGUAAUGUUGACUUUGGCAAAACAAGCAAGAAUAAAAAAGAAAAGAAGUUUGUUGAACAGUUGAAGCCUCCACAAAACUCGAAACAAGACACGAGAACUGAAGAUGUGAAGAAUAAUAAGAAACAUUCUAAAAGUAAUAAGAAAAAAUUUAACAAAAACAAUAGCACACUUGGCCAGCCAAAUAUAAAUGGUUCCAGUGAUUUCAAAAAACAAGUCAGAAACAACAGUGCUGUAAAGAAUAAAAAGAAGAACAUUGCUAAGCAGCCAAAUAUAGCACCAAAUGAACAGAAACACAGCCCCAUUAAAACUAGUGUAAAUAAUAAUCAACCACAGUUCAAUGGGAAUUCAAAAGGUAGUGAUAGUAAGCAAGUAAAUUCUUUAGAUAAGCCUAAGAAAAAGUCCAAGAAAAGGAAGGCAAAACUCCAUGAAUCCACUUCUGCAAAUGACAGCCAAAUGCAGGAAAGCAUAGACGAUGGUAUUGAUAUCAGUAACCCUAGCAAACCCAAAAAGAAGAAAUUCAAUGAUGAUCACGAUUCAUCAAAUAUGGUGCCAACGAAGAAGAAAAAAGCAAACCAAGACGAAGAUCUAGAAACUGAAACAAAGACAAUUCCUUAUAUGACUAAAGUCGAUAAAAAGAAAGAGAAGUUUAGAAAAUUAUUACAAGUAGGAACUAACAGAAAUCCUAUAAAUGUUAGUGGAGAAAACCUUAGACAAAGGAUGUUGGAACGGCUGAAAGCUGCCCAAUUCAGGUUCCUAAAUGAGAAACUGUACACAACAUCAGGAUCCGAAGCACAGCAGUUGUUCCAAUCAGACCCAGAGGCAUUCCACACUUACCACCAGGGAUACCAGCAGCAGUUGAAGAAAUGGCCAGUGAAUCCACUAGACUUGAUAGUCAAAAGAAUAUCUAAAAUGCCCAAAACUCACGUCAUAGCGGACAUGGGUUGUGGUGAAGCUGCCCUCUCUAAGAGGGUCCAACAGACCGUUCGAUCCUUCGACCUAGUAGCGAGCGCGCCGGGCGUGGAAGCUUGCGACAUGGCGCAUACGCCGCUGCUAAGCGAUUCCGUGGAUGCCGCCGUGUACUGCCUGGCCCUUAUGGGAACGGACCUAACGCAGUACCUUGUGGAAGCUAAUAGGGUGUUGAAAGUUGGUGGGCAUCUUCUCAUAGCAGAAGUAGAAAGUCGCUUUGACAAGGUGGAAAACUUCACAGACCUUGUCCAGCGUCUCGGCUUCAAGCUCAAGAACCUAGACAAAAGCCAUGAGGUAUUCUUCUUCAUGGAGUUCACAAAGGUGCGCGACCCGCCCGCGAAGAAAUCCAAACUACCCACGUUGACACUCAAACCUUGUUUGUAUAAAAAACGGUGAUAAAAUAUGUACAUUAUUGUAAAUUAUAUUUUGUCAAUAUAGAAUUCGAUUCUA